AUGACAUCGCGAGACCGCGUGGCCCAGGCCAAAUCCCGGGCUGAGAGGGCCCGCCCUCCCACCGUGCCCGUUCCCCAGGUGGAAAUCGUCCCGGGGCGCUUGUCGGAAGGAGACUGGCUGUCUCUGCUCUCCUGCGAGGAGGCUGAAGAUGUUGUGGGGGACCUCCUGGCGUGGCUACUGGACCAGGUCCUGGACGAGUGCUACAAGGUCUACCUGGCCCGGCAGUGCAUCCCCUACGUCAUCAACCAGGCGCGGGAGGCCAUGCUGCAGAUCGUGGAGUGGCGCUCCCUGGUGCGGGACGACGGCGAGGCCGACGUGCCCGGAGAGCCCACCUGGCAGGAGGACGAGGAGCCAGCCGUCAGCAUCACCGACUCCUGGGCCCAGGGCUCUGUGCCGGUGCUGCAAGCCCUGCCCGGGCCGGAGGAGGCCGAGGUACGGCACGCUGAACUCCCGGAGGAAGCACCCAUGGCUGAGGAGGGGCCUGGGCAGGCGGACGCCCCGCAGGUGUCCCCGGGAGCCCCUCAGCCGGAGGAGCAGCAGCGCCCGCAGCCGUCCGUGGGCGACGUGCAGCCCGACACGUCGCGCGGCGCCAGGGUGGUGUUCCAGGGCCAGGCGGAGCCUGCGCCCGUGCCGGCGGCUCCCUCGGCGGCCAGGUGCAGGCCCUCCCAGCAGCCCUACUGCGGGCCGCGGCACUCGGCCCGGCUCGACUACACCAGGAGGCUGCUGGGCAGUGCGGAGAAGUCGCUGCUCUUGCACGAGCUCUCCCAGGUCACUCUGGAGGAGGGGCUCGGCCUGCCGCCUUCCUGCAGCAACCUGCUGCGCAUCCAGCUGGGCCGGCCACCCAACAUCAAGGACGUCUUCUACGAUCAGUCCGGCAACGUCGCCCUCGUCCCGCGCCUGGACCCCGCCCGCCUGCCCAAGAGGUGGGUCAAGCCAGUGGUGGAGGUUGUGGACCCUGACGUGGAGAUCCAGCGGCAGGAGGCUCUGCAGACCGUCUCGGGCCGCCGCAGGCAGCAUCGCCACCCCAAGCUGCACGGGGUCCGGAGGGCCGCCACGAGCGCAGGCAGCGCCCAGCCUCCCGGGACGCCCCGCCUCGCACCAGGGGAGGGCCCGGCCGAAGCCCCGGAGAAGAGCCUUCCCGAACGGGCGCCCGUGCCCCGCCCCCCCCCUGGAAGCGUCCUGCAGCCCACCAGCCUCAUCUUCGUCGAGCCCACCUUGCUGGUAGAGACUGUCGAGCUGGCGCCCGGCGUGGCCAUCAAGGGAGGCGGCAGCCCGCACCGGCACCUCCCACCGGCUCAGGAGGAGGCUGGGCAGGGGCAUGGUGCGCUGCAGCCCUCGUGCCCGCCGGAGCCGUUCCCUGCCGGCACCGCAGUGCAGCCCGGCCCAGAAGCCAGGCGCCUGCUGCAGACGCGCCCCGGAGCUGCGCUGUGA